CUCCUAAAAAAAACGGAUCUUACACCGCAACCCAAUUUGUAUGACUUAUCAGAACCAUAUCACCAAACCAAACAACAUUAUCUCAAACGUUCUCCGUACGAAAAAUUGUCGCCCAGUCUCAUAUGGUGAAGCAGGUAGAAAGUGUCGGCUGAAAACAAACGUUUAAAGGUCCAAAAACGCAUCUAUUAAAUAUCUUGAAGGUGCAUCACAUCUAAAACUAGCUGAGCAUCCCACGAGGAAGUGCGUUGAGAAAUAAAAAUAGAAACUUCGGUGCGGUGUGUGUGUCGAUAGAACAGCGACUAGUUUACGCUGUUACGGUACUACGGAAAAACAGAGAGGAAUAGUACCCGCCCAAGUCAGUGAUCGAAUGGUGCAUAGCGAAUAAACACGUGCAUCGUGCCAGUGCAUUAGAACCGUUUUCGUUUUGGCUGCAGCGUUUUUUGUUGGAAGGUUUUCAAGAUGGGCAACAUAGUUUACUCAAUAAUCUGGCUGUUGAUCCUGUUCUUCAUAUCAUUCUUUGUAGCUGGAUUUUGCGCAGGAUUCUACAUAAUCGUUCAUCCGCUGAGCGUUUGUUUACCGCCGUUAACGUCGUUAGCGGAGUUAUUGCUUCAAGGCGUUCAAUUCCCCCACUACUGUGCCGACAAGAUGAUGAGUGGCGCUCCUUUGGGAUAACACAGACUGACUAAUUUUAGCUUACUUGUACUAUCACAGAAGAAAAAUGUAGCUCUCGUGACCUGUUAUCGAAAUAUAUCUCAAAGUUUUAGGUAUUUUGAAGUACAUCUGAACAAUAAUUUAUAGGCCAUAGCAUUUUUUCUGGAUGUUCAUCACUUAUUUUUAAUUGUUACAGGAUAAAUAUAAGGUUCAAUGACCAGUUAAGCUUUGUUCUGUCAUGCUAUUAUUAUACUUAUACUAUAAUCUGUUAUAGACGCCUCUUAUAUAGAUAAGGUAUUCGGUUUUAAAUAUUUCGAACUCUUCAGAUAGUCUUGAGCACUGAAUAAAUUUCAAAUUAUUUUUGCCGAUUUGUCAAGUCACUCUGAUAAGAAUUUAUCGAGGUGAUAAGUAUAGUGCAUUUUAUUUAUUACUUCGGCAGAUAUAUUUUAUUUCGUCUUAUCUACGUUCAAUUGUUAUGGCGAUUUUUCUUCUGUGCUAUUAUUGAUAACUUAUUAUCGUACAUUAAACCAUGCUGACUAAAAGAUUGGCUGUAGAGACCAAUAUUAUUAUCACAUCUAUAAAAAGCAGAUUGAUAGAAAGUCAUCGCAUAUUUCCGAAGUGUUAACUGCUGAUGAUAUUAACCUUCAGUCGGCUAUGGUUCCAUAAACAUGUGUUCAAAUAAUUUCUAAUUUCUACAGACUAACAUUUUAAUGUAUUUUAACAAACAUUUACAAUAUUUCUGUUACACACGUUGCCUGCAUUUUAUCACUUUUAUGUUAAUUGAAAAUAUAUACUCGUUUGUAGAAACUUU